AUGGAGUGUUCCGUUUGUUUGCAAGACUACGCGCUGCCCAGCCGUGUGCCACAGGUGCUGAACUGUGGGCAUACCUUCUGCAGCAGCUGCUUAGAGCAGGUUGCAAAUGCUGGAAGAUUCAGGUGUCCAACUUGUCGAGAGGAGAGCUCCGCAACUGAGAUACGCGUCAAUUUCGCCUUGCGAGACGCGCUCGUUGGAAAGGAGUCCCCGUCGACAGCGGCUGCAGCUCGAAUCAUCGAGGCAGAAGCCAUCGACCCUCCGACUGAAGAUGAGGAGACCGUGACUUUGCGGGUGGAGGCAACUGGUGCAGCGGAUGAGAUGCUGAUCUCCAUCGUUCCACCAUUGGGCAGUGUCCGAACGCCAUCGGACAUUUGUUGCGUUGUCGACGUGUCCACAUCCAUGGCAGCUGAGGCCAUGCUGGCAGAUGGUGCUGGUGUGUCGGUCAGUCAUGGGCUUGCCCUCAUGGACAUAGUCAAGCACGCGCUCCGGACAGUGAUCCAUCUGCUAAACGGCCGAGAUAGGCUGGCUUUGGUAGCCUACAGCAAUACAGCAAGCGUCAUCCUAGAGCUGACGCCCAUGACUCCAGAGGGUCAGCAACGAGCCGAGCUGCGACUGCACCAGCUACUGCCCGAUGGCAUGACCAACAUCUGGGCCGGGCUCGAAGCAGGCAUACAGCUCCUCGCAACUGCGUCGGACGGCAUGAGGCUGCAACAUUUGCUACUGCUGACGGAUGGGAUCCCGAACAUCAAUCCACCUCGUGGCAUUGUGCCAAUGCUCAAGAGACUCAAAGAAAAGAGUGGAGGAAGGCUUCCGUGCAGCGUGAACACCUUUGGCUUCGGCUAUGAGUUGGACAGUGAGUUGCUUCAUGAGCUGGCACGGCUCGGUUCUGCCUCCUAUGCCUUCAUACCCGACGCCGGCUUCGUGGGCACAGUCUUCGUGAAUGCUGUUACGAACUUGUUGGUGACCAUGGGGGCCAACCCUGUGCUGAAGCUGACUGCCGGCAGUGGUAUGUGCCUGCAAAGCGGUGAUGUUCCUGGUGGCUUGGACGUCAAGCCAGCCGCUGGUGGCUUGCAGGUGGAUCUUUCCGGACUGCAAUUUGGCCAGUCUCGGCAUAUCCUCCUGCGUCCAUCUGCGACUUCAGACGCACAUGGCACCAUAUCGCUGACACUGGAGUACGACACGCGCAGCCGAGCUAGACGCGGCGUGUCGCUGUCAUGCAUGCUUUGUGACCUGCUUCCGGCGGCAGAAGGCAUCGCUCAGUUCCGUGGCUGCAAAGGCGGAGAUGUGUUGAGCCAGCUUGGAAUUGAGAUCGCGAACAGGAAGUCCCGAGUCCUACUUGUGGACGGUGUGAGGAUGGAUCCCUUGGCUGCAUUUUCUUCAGCUGGUGCUGUAGCCGUUGCUUUGGCCGAUUGGACGAUCAGAGAGCUCAGCACCAUGCGCCGCCUUUGCCAUGCUCUGCUGCUGCUGCUUUCGCAACGCCUGGCACGAUGCCCGCCGGCAUGCUGCCUGCUUCUGCCACUGCUCGUGCUUUGCCUUUGUUGCCUGCCUUUUCUGCGUCCGCUGCUCCUGCUGCUUCCGCACACUCCUCUUCCGACCGAUCUUUCAGCUUGUCCUCUGUCCCUUCGCGGGGAUCCAGAGGGCGCUCGGGCCCUUUUUGGGUCCGGGCCGGACGGCCGUGGUCCACCGAUUUCGGACCCGGCGUCCUUCCGCCCACCGCGCCCCGAUUCCUAUGGGCCGGUGGCUGGCCGCGGUGGAGCCUCGCUCCCCGAUGAGCCCAUGAGCGAGCAUCCGGGUGCACCCCAUGAUUCCGUCGCAACGAUUACCGCGGCGGGUCAUGGUGGUGCCGCCCCCGCCAUCGAUAACGGCGGGUGGCAUACCGGACCCUGUGCUGUCAGGGCCCUGGUCGAUGAAGCCAUUGGGUCGGAAGCAUCCGCGCGCAUCGCCACCGAUAUUCUGGCGAUCGCGCAGGGUGUGACCAACACCCAAGCCGACCUCGAUAUACUGAGGAACGGCGUCUCGGAUAUCACCGAAGCGCUUGAGAGCAAGAUCCGAGACAUGUGGGAGCUUCUUCAGGCCGAAUUGAGGAAAGAGCGUGAGCUGUUCAUGCAGUUUCAGGACUCUUUCCGCGAGAGGCGGAUUUCUGAUCACGAGACGCUUGAAGAUCAUUUUGCGAAGCUCACCUCGACGAUCAAUGAUCGACUUAUUGAGUUCGAUGAGCGGAUCCAUCAGUUCAACGAAAAGCGUGCUGGAUCGCUAUCCAUGCAGCUUGCCGAGACGAUCCGCCACAUCAAGCAGUACCCAGACGCGCUGCGGCAGAUUCAGAUCAAUAUCUCUAAUGCCGAAGCGCGCGUUGCUGCUGUGGAGCAGAAUGCUACUCACCGCAUCGAAGUCAUCAGAUCCGAGAUGAGUCGCGCUCUCUACGAUCAUAAGGAGAGUAACCGAGCUCAUAUCGAUCAGCUGACUGCUCGAAUCCAGCACCUCGAGAACGCUCAUGUCCGCAGAGGCGGUUCUGAUAGAUCGACGCCUUCGCGUCCAGAACGAACGCAGUUCUUCGAUAUCAGUGACCAUGGUGGGGAUAUUCCACGCCCUGCGGACCUGCCGCCAGUUCCAGGUGCUCUAUUCCCUGGCGGACCGACUACGGCCAUUCCGAGGUCUUCCCUGUUGGGUCCGAUCGAUCAUGGCUCUCCGCCGGGCGAGCGCAGCAACGAGUCGCUGACGAACAACCUGCCGAAAGUCGUGGGCAAAAUAAUCCUGUUGAGCCCAUCCGACAUGAUUUUGGUCAAACGCCAUUUCAAGUCGAUGAUGCUCCUCGCGCUGACAUCCGACACGUCCCUGAAGCCCGGGAAGGGACCGUCACGAUGGUAUGAUGCGAUGCUUGGCCGAUCGAAUCUCAUUGGCAACGGUGCUGGCGCACCAAUUCUCCAUAGUGAGACCGGUACUUUUACCCUUGCGCCGAACACGAGCGUUACUGCGACGCUUCAGCAUGAUGCGGCCAAUGAUGCCAUGCCCCCGAUGCCCACCUUCAGUGCCAGAACGUCCAUUCCUGCACCCAGUGCCGCGCCAUCCGGAUUUGGUGGACCGCCUCCCGCGUAUAACGGAGGCGGCGGUUAUUCUGGUGGUGAUGGCCCCAACGAUAAUGGGGGUGCAUAUGGCGGUGGCUUCGGAGGACAUGGGCACCACGGGUCCGGUUUGGUCCCGGUGGCGGUGGUGGCCCACCCGACGGCCCACCUGGUGGUCCGCCUGGUGGUGGUGGCCCUCCUGACGGGAGUGGUCCGCCCGAUGGCGGCCUUGAUCCGCCCAGCAUCAGGCCCUCCGGUCGGCCGAGUGGGAACGAUACGUUCCAGUGCGAGCGUUGCACCGGAACUUUCCCGACCAUCGUGCGACGGUCGUGCAUCUCUUGCCACUGGGAAUCCACCUGGUCCCAACGAUUCGGGAUUCGGUGGACCCAAGGGCGAUGGAUCACUGAGCGAGGCCAAGAAGGCGAAGUGCAAGUCCUUUCGUCUCGAUCCUGAGCCGGAGCCUGCUCAGUUGCGACGCUGGAUCGUCGAUAUGAAAGAGCGAGUCGCGAAUGCAUUCGCCUACGAUCCCGGAUACGCACUCUCAUGGGUUGAGAUUCCCGAUGGUACGCGAUAUGAGGAUCUCCUCGAUGAGUGCAAGUACGGAAUGCUUGAAAAUGAAUGCAACUCUGCGUUCCGUGAGUGCGUCCGAUCCAUUGCACUGAAGAAUAAGAUCCAGACCGAGACCGAGCGCAUGCAUACGAUAAACCGGCGACUCGGAAGUAGGCAGAUCUUGUGGCUAUUGUACGAUUUCCUUCGACCACAUGUCACCGGCGAUUCAACUUUCAAGCUCGUUGACCUGAUGAAGACCACGAUUGAUCGGUUUACUCAUGGAUCCGAGCAGGAAAGGUUAGAAGCCUUCUCCAAUCGGUGGGAUCAUGUUCUCGCUGGUAUCUCAGUCGAUCGCCCCGAGGAUCCUGUUCUCUGCGCUCUCUUUUAUGAGCAGGUGCGUGAGUUCCGCUGUCUCGAGCUCGACAUGCAGCUAUGGGACAGGGACGUAUCCGUACGGAACUACGCAUACUUGCGAACCGUCUGCGUCAAUGCGAUUACAACUUGGCGCCGACGACGCAAUCAGGAGAAGAUGUACACCGCUACGAGGUCUACUUCUGCGCAGAGACGAUACGCUGAGCUCGCCGAGGCGCUCGUCACCCAGACGAUCCUCCCCGCGACGCGGAUCGCCAAGACGAUAUUCCCGCAGUCCGGGACGAGCAGCUCCCGCACCGACUCGCCCAAUGUCGCGAUCCCCGCGAGAGCACCCCUGCUGCCGCUCCUGCGCCUGCUGAGCCCGCGCGUCAAGGCAAUGACAGCAUCCUCCUAUGGAGACUUCGCCUUCGCUUGCGUUGCAUCAUUCGAUAUGGCAUGUCCGUCAGUCAAGCGGAAGACAGUGUCGUUUGGGAAUACUGAGACCCGCGUGAUAGAGUCUUCUUUCCCGGAGCCAAACUUCGGUCCCGUCAAUCGCGAGAGGAAUUUGAACUAUUCGUGGCCGGAAGAUAUCCGUGGUCUGAAUAGUGCUCGCGAGAGGCGAAGGGCGCACAUGAAGGCUGUGCUUUGGAGAGAGCAGGUUUUGCUCGAUGACGUUGAUGCCAAAACGCUAGGUAAUGAUGCUUGUGUUCUUGAGCUCACGCUUUCUCAGCGGAGCGCUUGCGAGGUCUUUGCUGCUGCUGUCAAGUCUAUUAAGAGGGUCCGGAGACUAAUGCUCGACUCCGGGUGCGGUAUAGACCUUAUUGGUCUCGGUGAUCUGUCCCGCGAAGAAAGGGACCUGAUAGUUCAGAAUGCUAAGAUCAGCCUUAGGACCGCCAAUGGGAAAACUAACACCAAAGGUGUUGCCCAUAUGCGCAUUGACGGCCUCGAUGAGCUGAUUGUAGUCGCGGGUCGACCUGAUCUCCCUCGUGUGUAUCCGGCACUCCCAGCACCGAUCAUUAUUCACGAGAAAAUCGUGGCUGCGGGUGAAGAACCUGUGGGCGAGCUAGACGACAUUGGUGAGCUCGAUCUUGAUAUGCCUGGUGCUAAGAGUGCCCAGAAAAGUGCACCUGACGAUAUCAAGAAGCAAGUCACCAUCGAUACUAUGGUGUUGCACGGGCUUGGCAAUCGUGGGAAUAAUGGGGAAACAGAUGCUGUUGUCUUCUAUGAUCUAGCGACCGAGUGGUUAGAGAGUGUUCCCGUCAAGGGGAGGACGAAUGCCGACACGCUUCGAGCGUUCCAGCAGGUCUUCGGCGACCUUCAAGAUGUGAACUCGUUCUCCAUGGAUGUGGAGAGAAGGUAUGCACCGUCUGCGAUCCGGGAAAUCUACUGUGAUAAAGCCCGUGAGUUCAUAUCGACCUGCAAAAGAGUCGGCAUCUCUGUCAAACAUUCCACUCCUGGCAUGCCUCGCACUAAUGCCAUUGCCGAGAGCAAGGUGAAGCUUGUCCUUCAUGGCGCACAAGUGGCGCUUCGACAAGCGGGACUGAGCGCCAAAUUCUGGCCUUAUGCGUGCAAGCACUUUUGUCAUGCUCGCAACAUCGAGUUACGCGAAGGACAAAGUGCGUAUUCGCUACGAUUUAAUGGUGCCGAAUUUGACGGUCAGGUUCUCCCAUUCGGAUGUCUUGUAGACUUCUAUCCCACGCCGGCACGAAAACAAACCCGACGUAGUCAGAAAGAUGAAGUCGUACUCGGCGAUGGUGAGGAAUAUGCCGUACCUGCGCCUGGAGAUGAUGGAUUGGUCGAAGUCGAAGUUGGAUUCGGUGAUGAUGGUUAUCUCGAGUGGAUCGACGAUGGAGACGACGAUCGACCUGGAUCCCUCCAAGGACCAGACAUGGAUCAACGCCUAUCGUCCUACCAGCGCCCCAGCAAAUUCUCUCCCACGAGCAAACCCGGUGUGUUUCUGGGUUACCACUUCGAGAAUGGGGGCAGGUGGGAUGGUGACUAUAUAGUCGCCGACCUUGAAGAUUUCAAACGCGACGCACUGCGUGCGAGCGUCCAUCAGGUCAAGAAGCUAUACUGCUCACCCAAGGAGCGAUGGACAUUUCCGAUGCUGGCUGUAUACGAUAAACAGACACGAUCAGUGUGCAUCAACGAUCCCGCGAUGCAUUCUAAUGUGCCUAAGCCAAGUGAGCGUCUUGACGCCUCCGACAUGCUCGAUCUCGAAGAUAUCGAUGAAAUCUUCGCCCUUGAUGAGUCAACGCGAAUGACCGAUGAUGAUAUUCGCCAAGCUCGCGAGGCUGAGUUACGAGCAGAGUCCUCUCAUGGAGGAGGUGUUGACUACUGGGAGUAUGACCCAUCUGUGCAUAAAUGGACGUAUCACGUCGUUGUUCCAAGGAAAGCGAUGGUUCAUCCCAGUAAGACUCCCGGUUCCGUUGGGGAGUCGCCUGAUCCAUGGAAGCUGAGCACGGUGCGUAUAUCACAUGUUCAAUACAAGGACAAAAGCCCGGUUACGAUCUAUGAGACCGGGUAUGCCUUCGGCAAAACAAGACUCAUGCAGCUCUGGACCGGCAAUGUCGAAUUUUAUGAUGACGGCUAUGCCCCACCCAAGAAGAAGUUACCUCCUUACCACGGGUCGGAGAUCCUGGAAGGCGAGGGGGGUUUGCCUUAUCGUCAGAGUGUGCCGCGUUCCGAGCGGGCAUAUAAAGGGUCUCGAAAACCGAACUCUAUCGAUUCAGAAUCCUGGCGCAGUAUGAACCGCGCCGAACGGGAGGGAUAUGUAGAGGCUGAGCGCCGAGAAGCUGAGUCUCAUGCCAUGUCCCGAGAGGAUUCUCGCGAUGCUGCUCCUGUCGACAUCGCUUACGAUUCUGAAUAUGAGUCGGGUGCCGAACGGCAUGACAAGGAUUACUGGUAUCACGAUGUCGCAGCUGGCACGAUCACCCGAUUUCAUGUGAUCGAACGCCGAGCGCGCUUCAACCCUACCUCCGUCAAAGAUUGUCCCGUUGAUCCUGCAACAUUGACCGAUGUCAGGAUGACUAUGGCCAUGACUGACGGUACCGAGUUCACGUUGCAGGACUCAUGGAGAUCAUCCGACACUCGGUCUCUGCCGUGUCGAUGGACGGGAAAGACGGUCUUCGUUAUCGGUUCUUCCGCCAAAACGCAGAUUAAAGUUCGAACCCGUAUGCCGAACGCCGAUGACACGGGGCGCCGCGUGCAGACUGCGAAUGGCUACUAUGGACACGCAUUGCGUGCAAAGGGCCGUACUGUCGUACCUGCCAAAUCUCGCGCCUGUGUCGUUACGGAUCUUGAGUUUGAGCCCCCGGGUGGUAUGUCCGCCCGUCUUCAGCCGCUUCGCGGCAGUGUUGACGUCCUUAAUCCUACCGACUACGAUAUUAUAGUCGAGCCCGGACAAGACGUUGCUGUGGUUCAGUUUUACACUUCCGUUCUGGCAGCGGUUGAACUCGACUUCACCGCAGAAGACGUGGAAUGUGAUGUUUAUGCACCGGUUGAACCAUCCGAUGAUGGCCACGCUGUUGAUACAGCACCUGCAAUGCCUGUUCGCCUAGUGCUGGCCCUUUAUGGGCAUCCGGAUGCCGGUGGUUUCUGGGAACAGCAUUGUGAGAAGGCUCUUCGAUCAGUUGGGUUCGAGCAGUGUCCCGACUGGAAGAGUGUAUUUCGUCAUCCCAAACUUAAUCUUAUGCUCGUGGUCUACGUCGAUGAUUUUAAGCUCAGUGGACCAAAGGCCAAUCUGGCAAAAGGGUGGGAGCUCAUGGCAUCGCAGAUUAAAUUGGAGCCGCCCUCGAGCAUCAAACGUUACUUGGGAUGCGAGCAUGUUACCUUCUCCCACGUUGUCCCUAGUGCCUUUGAUCCGCGCUCCUAUUGGACGCGCUUCGAGGAACCCAAGAAGGCGUUUCCCGAGCUGACGUUUGGUGAUCGCGACACCAGUGUCGCGCAGGGCUCUGUUGGUCCUCGAGAAAUUCGCAUGAUCAAAUACGAUAUGCGAUCGUUCAUGGAACAAUGUGUUUCUCGCUAUGUUGAGCUCUGUGGCCCUAAGUAUAAGGCCACCUUGCGGUCGGCUGAUACGCCAUUCCUCGAUGAAUCACGACCGGAAUUCGAUACCAAUCCGGAUCGACCUGCUGUGAACCGCUUAUUGGGCCAUCCCGCUGACACGCCUGUGCCUCCUGGUAAGGGCGUUCUCGGCGACUGUGCAGCCGCCGUUCUGAUGAAAAUUCUAUAUGGUGCUCGCAUGGGGCGGUACGAUUUAAUCCGUCCUGUGCAGGCACUUGCCAGUCUCAUCACCAAGUGGGCCGAAAUUGUAUCUCUUGACCACGCUGUGUAUAAAUUGGGCCUGCCUGCUCUGUCUAUGUGGGAGUAUAUGUUGGGCCGCCGUUUCCGCUUGCGGGUCAUGGAGGACAAUGAGGCCGCUAUUCGUGUCGUUAUCACUGGUCACAAUCCGAACAUGCGUCACAUGUCUCGUACCCAGCGUAUCGAUAUCUCUGCGUUGAACGAGCGUUAUCACGCUGGGGAUUUUCUGUUCGUGACGUGUCCCUCUCAAUUCGAGGCUGGUGAUAUUCUGACCAAGGCCUGCACUGGGGGUGUUUCGAUCGAUGAUGCUCACCAAUUCGGAAAGAACAAGCAGCCACCGAAGAAGGCUGCUGCCAAGACACCGGCUGCCCGAUCACCCCAGCCGAAGUCUCCCUCGCUAUGCAGGGAAGGCCUUCCGAGCGGUGCGAUCGCACCGACUACGGAAAGGCCUCCUGUUCCGCCGAUUCCCACGGAGCAGGAUGAUUCCAACAUGGGUACCGAUGAAGCCCCUGUCCCGAUUCAGACCCCGAGAGAUGAGUCCACAGGGGGUGGAAAGCGCUCCGAGGACAUUCCGAUAGGAUUGAGGAUGAAGAUGAUGAUGCUGAAGAUUGGGAUUCAAGAGAUCCCACAGGCCUCAAUCUGGCAACGCCUCGAGCAGCUGACAUGCAACUCUGGGUACGAUCUCAAGCUGCACCAGCUGGUUGACUCCUUCCUUCUCACUACUCAUCCGCUUGCGGAUAAGCAGAGGAAGCAGUACCCCCAAGAGUUUAUGGACUUCAUCGACCGAUACAGGGUGAUGUGCGCUCUUGCAUUUUCCCGAGUGGCGACGUUGUCUGGUGACGCCGCGGGGGUCCGCGAGAAAAUGGACCUUACGAUGGCGCUGGCUCGCCACUGUAUGCUUUUCCAAGCGCAAAGCUUUAAGGGGUCCCGAGAUAUGCUGAGUAACGAUACGCUCCAGCUCAUGGGAACCUGCUACAUCCCGUCGCCUCUUGCGAGCUGGAACCGAAAUCUCAUGGGAUAUAGCAGUUCGACUGCUGAACAGCGAUGGUUGAGGACCGAUACGAGUAUCAAACACAACGACCUCACCAAGCUGUCGCCCAUUGAGUUGUCAAGGGAGGCGGUCAGCCAGGUUGAAGCUGUGAAGUUCUUCAAGGGAUUUCUGCAGCUCAGGCCGACGCUAUCGUUCAUCCCUGGAGCGUUUCUGGCGCUCAAGGCUCUUAACCGAUUUCCCACGCUGGACUCUUUGAAAGAGCAAGCAACUCACCUCGAUAACGAUCGCAAGGAACACGGCUACGAUCUUCCUGCCGUGGACGCGAACGGGAUCGGGGAAGCAGCCGCCUUUCGCAACGAAGACGACGAUGAGAAUACCCCGUUGAUGCGCGGGUGGGUCUCGUUCAUGAAAGCGAUGGUUGAGGCCUACCCCGGCCGGUGCGUUAGCAUCGAUGAUACGCUCAACUGGGGAGCCAGCACCCCUAUGACCUAUGAGGACGGUGCGGGGCAGACUACCAUCCGCCCGACUGAUGGAUGGGUGUAUGUCCCCGCGAUGAAUUCGGACAUAUACGAUCCUCAGGAAACGUUCCUUCACGGAACGAACCUCCGAUACCUCUGGUCGAUUCUUGCACACGGAGGUCUGUUCGGGGAGGAUUACGUGACGGACGAUCAUGGAAGUCACGAACCCUGCGUCUGGGUGACUGGACACGCUUCCGAGGCUGCCGGUAGCUACGCGUCUGGCACAUACCUCGGAGGAGGAUACUGGUUUCAAGUGAUGAUCUGCGUCUCCCGGACUGUGGUGAACACCCACGGUCGCACGACGAAGAAGCUGGGAGGAUCCCAGAAACAGAUCCGCGUCGGAACUCGAUUCCUCGAGCUGUGCGGGAUCGCGUUCAGGCCCUUCCGCCUUCUGGAUGACCGCGAGCAAGGGGUUUCUACCUCUCCACAAUACGUCAUCCAUGGUCACCGAUUCCUUAGUGCCGACGGGACAAAAGCUGUGGCCUGGCACCCAUGGAUGGAAGCGAGCCCGAUUGAUCCUCGCAUUCUGAAGCUGCUGGGAGAAAGCGUCGCUCGCGACAGUGUCGAGUUUGCCGACCUCACGAUUCAAGGGGGCAACACUACUCAACAGGUUGCUUCCACCGAGACGGAACAAUCUAGGGCGACCGCGGCUGACGAUCAGGCUGCGGAGGGUGGAAAUGAGGCGACGGACCGAGUCACAGUCCACCCAGCAGUGCUUCGCCGCAACCACUGGAUGCCUGACUCUCACGGGACCAGUGAACACGCCACUGUCGGUGGCAGGUAUGCCUUGCUAUCCGAACUUCAAUCCUCCAGCUACCGAUUCGAGCUUGCUCCAUUCUUUCAGCUUCGAGCACCCAUCAUGGGAGAGGAAGGAAGCCAAGGUUUGCCAAAGCCUGCAAGGCUCGAGACGAUUGUCGGAGGACCCUCCAAGGAGUGGGAGGCAUGGUGCAGACACUACCGAAAGGCAUACGGUGUCAUGCUCGGAAACUUCGCCAAGAGCCUCAAGAAUAUCCCGUACAGAGAAGAAGGAACAACGGAUAUUGUUAGUGCGCCGAUUUGGAGCCCGGCCGAUGCACUUGUGGCCGUAUCGAUCCAUGGGGUCAGAACGGUCACGACCAUGGCCUCCACGAUUGCAUUUGGGGGUGCACCGCCAACGAUCAAGCCGGCGGUACCCAGCAAACCGCAGAGAUUCGUUGUUAUGCACGAUGGCCUGCUGUCCUUCAAGUCUGCCAAAUCUUGGCAUGAUGGCGAGAUGAACGCCCAUCUGAAGAACGCGCUGACGAUUUUUGGGUUUCCUGAUUCCGAGGUGCGCGUGCAGGCGUUCGGCGAGGACAACAAGCUCAAGGAUAUGGUCGACACUCUCGCGAUGAUGCAGAGCGAGACCUCCAUCCCGCCAUCGAAUGUGCACGUUCUCAUCCUUUGGAGAGGAGAGGAUCUGUGGAAGAUAGACCAGGGCUGGAACAAGCUAACUGGCGACAUCGAUAUGGCACGAUCUCAAUAUGCCAAGACGACCGCCCGGGAUGCUCUCGAGAAGUACAAUACGAUCUAUGGAUCGGUGUCCCUUUGCGGUCCGGUGUCGCCGAGCAUGGUGUACCUUCCGACUCUCCCUGGCCCUCUCUUCGAGAAAUACAGAGAGGAGAUGAGAUCGAUCUGGGACGCGAUCAGGAGAUCCAACCUCCUUACCCUGUCUUUUGACGCUAUCCUGGAAGGUCUGCCAUACCUGAAGGGAUAUCAUAUUAUGCAUGAGUCCAAGACGAUUGGGGUCCUAUGUACCCGCAUUUGCUCGAUGUUCACUCUUGCAGCUCUCGCACGAUUUCCGUCUUACGGGACCCGCCGGGAGUAUGAGAUCGCUGCCGAGAAGAUGUGGGCACGCACCCCAGUCCCGGAAGAGAACUCGCCGGGCGCGGUUAAGGCCAUUGUGCACUCCACUGUGCAGGACCUCAUCGAUGGUGCAGAUCGCGGCGCCGAUCAUCAAGCCGCAGAGACUGUCGACAUGACUCAGCUAGGUUUCGAUGAUGACGAUGAUGACGAUAUGCCUGACGACGUAGGUCCGACCGCUCCCGGGAAUCCGAUCAAACAGGAACAGGGAACAUUGGCGGAUCUACCGGGUGUUCGUCAUCCGGAUCCGAUCGAGCUUCCAGCUACUCCCGUGCCUGGCGAGGCAAUGCCAGUGUCACCUGGCCUUGCUCCGACUGCCAUGAAUGAUGAAGAAUCUGGCAGCAGUUCCGAUGAGAACGAUCAGCAAGGGGAUGGUGACGCGGCAAUGCCCACAGUCAAAAAGGAGGAGUCCGAUGAAGAGUUCAAUGGGCUUCUCGAAGGAAUGACUGAGGAAUUCGCGAAAAUGCCCACUCCUCGAGAUGCCGAGCGAACUGUCGCUGCCAAUCGGGACGCUGCACGACCGCCUGCCGUGCCCUCGAUUCCUCUCUCUACGAUGAAGAAGCCGAAGCCGGUUGGUGGCGAGGAAGCCGCGGGGCCCACCGCCGACAAUCGACAAGCUUAUGCGCACUUCGAGAGCCAAGUCAGUGAAGCUGAAGCUCGCCGCGAGCAAGCUGCGGCAAUGAAAGCGCAUAUCGCUGAAGUGGCAAAGGGCGCCGCCGGUGUUGAAAAUGCCGAACAUCUUCGAUCCAUUGCCGAUGGGCUAGCCAAGGUCUUGGACCCGAACAUGAGCGAUGACAAUGUGUUUCAGGGUGCCUUGUAUCCCCCGGGUGACUAUGCGCUUGACGCUGUCACGAACCGACUGGCUCAAGGCAGACGUCGGGUUGAAUCGAACAGCAAUCUCAUCAGGGAGAUGGCCAGCGACCGAUUCACGCCUGUGCUCAUCAACCGAGACACUGGUGAGACUGUGUCUGCCAUCGAUGCACGAUGGACUCCAGAGUAUGGAAACAGGGGGGAGCUUGAAGCUAAGGUUGGUGCGAUCAUUUCCAACCUGGAUGCAGUGGUUGCAAGCAUGUCAACCCUCCCUGUGUUCCAUCCGCACAUUCCGUCGACGUAUGGUAUGGCUCGAUCGCUUCUCAACACAUACCAGUCGUUGCAGAUUGCCAUCCGACACCGUGGCAUGGGUGCGAUGUCCUUUGAGCAGAUGGUAUUCAAACCAGAGGACCUUGAGGUUCCGACCCCCGAUGAUUGGCCGGACCUCAUCGCGCCUACCCCUGGAAAAGUCAUUCAAUCCAUGCGGGUGGCCCUGGUGAACAACACGGCGGCAAGGUUGACGAGAGAGGACCUCAAGCUGCCACCGGGCUUCGCCAUGCAACGACGAGUGACUGAGUUCCGUAAGCCGGAGGAAGAUCCAGUGCAGAGCCUGAUGGGGCUCACCGAUGACUUGAGCUACGGCACUACUGGUCGAUCUGGGGAUGACAGAUUGUCCCAGUUCCAGCGUAGUAUGGCAGUACAGCUGCGGAACACUGCUGGAUUCCUUGCGAGUGAGUUCCAGAAGCAUGCCCGAUCUAUUGCCGCUUCUUCCUCGCGUCGCAGUGAUGCUUCAGGUGCCCUGAGUAGCCAGGGUGAAGGCGCGGCGGACAACGAUCUUCCGUCCACUGAACAGGUUAGUGUUGCAUCUGAGCGCGCGAUUGCGCCGCCUCCGCCAAACGUGGCUCCUCCUCCUCCGCCUACUGCGGCAGCACCUCCGAGGGCGUCCGAAGAGAGUGCAAAGGAGGAUGACGAUGAUACCAAAAUGGAUGAUGACACGGCCGGUCAGAAACCCGAGCAGAAACCCGAGGAGGACGCAGAUAUGGGUAGCGGGAAGGAGCUGCAAGACGAGGUCCCCGGCAAGGCCCCGCCGCCAGCUGCCCGAACCGCUGAGAGCCCUCCGGAACACGGCCUGCGUUCCAGUCCUCCGAAUGACAUGGUUGCUCAGGGAGCCGCGCUCUCCGGUGCUCGAGGACCGGAAGUCGAUAUUGAUCCGGCCAGCACCACAGCCGAUCAGGCGGCAAAUGAUCCGAGAAACUGCCGGAUCGAGGGCCCUGGUAUCAAGGCGACAACGAUUCAUCGCCCCGAUCAGCUGCCCGAAAGGGGUAUUGACUCCAUUGCGCCAAUCGUGCAGUACGAAAUGACGUCUGUCCCGAUUGCACUGCCAGAUUUCGUCGUUCCGGGACUCGACAUGGGCAUCGAUGACUCCGUCCAUGGUCGAUUGGUCUCUGCGACCUGUCUCCCACCGACUGACGAGCAGCGCAAGUAUUCAAGACGCCGAUUUGCUAUGCUGUCCUCGAAUCAGACAGUGUACUUGGGUAUGGCGCUUCACAAGAAACCGCUUAAAGGAGAACACGAUUCUUUCCUCCGACCGGAAUCUUAUGAGGACUGCCGCGAGAUCCAUGAAGCUGUCCGAGCCUACAAUGCCAAGGAGGCGACAUACCGAUCUAUCGGCGGAACAUCAGUGUCAUGCAGCCGAUUGCUCAUCGAUGACGCACAAAAUAUCCCUGCCGCCAGGAUUCCGGACGCAGGCAUGAUCAGUUUGGUGCGUAAGCUGCUGUUCCGAGUGCUGACGCAAACAAAGGAGCGUCCAUCCUCGACUGCCGUCGGAGCACAGAAUCGCCCCCAGGACAAAGAGAGGGGCGUCCCAUUGUAUUCAUUCCUCGACCAGAGUGGCAUCAUCGCUUUCGAUGUCAUUCCGAUGUACAUGGAACGCGAGAGGGAAUACAUGAAGGCCAACGCUGGCGAGUUCAGCGGCCGGACGCUUCUCCAGACUAGCAUUCUGGACGAUGACGAUAAGCCGAGUGAGCUCACCGUCCAGUGCAUUACGGAAAUUGCUCGAACGGACAACAACCGAAUGUUUGAGUUCUUCUACUCGACGAUCAACGACGAUGGAAGUCCUCAAUUUGUUGGCGUCCGAGCAACCUAUGGUUUCGGUCCCGAUAACUUCAACCGAUUCCGAUUGCUGAUCAAGUGUCAGCACGGGCCAUUCACUCAGCUCGCUCAAGAACAUUAUGUCAAUGGCGAGAGGAGACGAAAUGUGGCCCGAUAUCAUCCCCAGUACGGAUGGGGAUGCGCAACGAUUCGCGAGUUCUUCGGAUACAUGAACGAUUGCAAGCUCAAUCCCCCAAAGGGGCAGCUCUUCCUCACACUGCUCCCGUAUGCCCCUGGAUCUGGGAAGAACAACGAGUGGGAAGAGGUAUACAUGAACGUCCGAAUGAACCCGGGACGUGAGACGCUCUCGAACACCGCGUCAUCACAAAGCAUGCUCCCCGAAGGUAUGGGAUCCAACCGCAUGAUUGUGUUCGCGAUUGAUUUGCACAUGAUUGCAGCAGGUAUCAAUCCGAUUACAUUCCAUCCGAGAGGGUACUAUGCGAUCAAGGACAGUAUCCCUCUCGCAUGUAUGCCGAUUGCAUACUUCAUGGAUACGGGAUCUCUAGUGUUCAACACGGCCUUCAAAUACAUCGGAGGCCCGAAGUUUGGCACUGGACCCAAGAGGGGAGACCACAGACGAGAAACGUGGCCACUCGCUAGCUUCGACUGCCCCAUGUGCGGAGCUUCAUUCCCUGUUGGUCUCCACAUGUGUCACUCUUGCACUAAGCCGAUUCACUAUCCUGAUGGGAUGUUCUACGCCGAUCCUGUGAACCCCUUCCAGGUCGAAUAUUACGGAAGUCAUGCUGAGUGGCUCAAUGAUCUGAUCGAGCGUAACAAGCUUACCGAAUUCCAGCUUCACGAGUUUCCUGCGAUCAAGCAGCUGAGGAAUUUCCCGGUGUCUAGGUCUCUCGCUGAGGACCAUAGGCAGACCGCAUUCUUCGGAGUGCCACCGAUCAAAUGCACCGCUGCUGACACAUCGCCGAAGGAAGUGGAACUGUUCAAGAGAAGCGUGCGCGGUACGAUUCAGGGCGCCAUUCGCUUGGACAUUUCCAUUGAGAGGCUUGUUGCCGGUAUCACUGGCAAGGAAGCUCGAUGUGGAGUAGAAGACUUCUUCAACUCACAGUCGAUCGCAUGUGCUGCCACGAUUGUCAAGCACUUUGGAGCGGUCUUCGCCACAUGUCGCGAAAAGCCGUUGUGCUACUAUGCACGUUGGUCGAUUCACUGCCAGCGCGCAUAUCGAGUCUGCCUGUCGCGAGGGUAUCUAUCCCCCUAUUGCACAGGUGUGACGGUCGAUUAUACCGUCGACCAAGAGAUGGCAGAAAAGAUCCGACUUGCUCAUCUGCCCUUGCAAAACGCCAAUUUGGCGAUGAGGCGGCACAUUCGACUCUCCACCGAGUUUGGAACGUUGGAUGAAUUCCGUGCCACUAUCACGGAUACGCAAAAGUAUCAACGAUACAUGCGUGUCGACAGUGAGAGCCUUUCCGCGCUCCUGGCCAAGGUUACCCUUACCACAUGCUACGGCAUUCCGACAAAAGGUGAGCCUGGCUAUAUCUCUGACGAUGAAGCAGAAGAGAUCGAAGGAGCCGCAGCGGCAAGCGAGAAGCCCAAAGGGAAAGGCAAAGGGGAAGACGAAUCCAACGUCCAAGCCAUCAACUGGCGUGAGUUGGAUCCCUUAGGACGGAAACUUAUUCCGCAUCACUCUGAUCCCCGAUUCACGAUUAUUGCUGAGGGGAAUACGGCACUCCUUGAUGCAGCCGAAACGCCGGAAGAGACGCGUAAGGAAUUCACGGAGUUCGUUCGCGAUCACUCUGUCAAGAUCAAAGAAUGCUUUGACGACGAUCGUGCGACAGAGAAGACAUUCUUCAAUCUUGUAGAAGGAGUCAAGGAUCAGCUUCCCGAUGCAAAUAGCACUGACCCGCUUCUGAUGAAAAGGGCUGAGGACGUCUUCGAGGCUCUCCCCGAUGAACUGGAUGAUCCUCCAAGAGUGUUCGAUGUUGCGGCUCGCCAGGCACGACGGCGAGACCCUGCACCUCAGCGCAGAGUGCAGGUCACCGAGCAAAGACAAGCGCCGAUCCCCGAGGCUCAUGCCGUUCCCAUUCCUACGGAUGACGAGGAUGAGGAUGAUACUGAGCUCGAUCGAGCGGUACGACCCGAUCCAACAUCACAGCGCACCGGACGAGAGCAUCUCGGAGGUGUCGCUCCCGAGACGACUCCGCCACCGCCUCAUAACAUGCCGCCGCCAUCAAAUUUGCCGACUCGAAAAUCACAUCGGCAAACAGGCUACAGCGCCGCCCAUCCUGAUGGAGAACCGUUAAUGGUGUCGGGGAGGGCAGAAUACUCCGAUCGAAUGCGGUUGCCCUCAGUGUUGCGAAUGAAGACUCGGGUUCCGGAGUCGGAUCUGGAUAACCCGACGAUUGAGGACAUCAUUCGCAUGUAUCAUGCGCCGAACACGCUUUCCAUCAUCAGGAAGAAAGCCGCAGCCGUCAUCAUCGCGAUGGGCGCAAAUCCCGAUGACGAUAUUAAUAUGAGGGCGGCUGGCGUUACUGUUCCCCAUACCGGGAAUACGGGGACGGGGCGAGCAGCAUCGCCUGGAAGUACGUCCGCUGCUACACAGGAGCGGAUUAAUCCCCAGUUCCCGGCACCUAGCGUUCGCACUGCGUCGAAUCCGCCAUCGAAGUUGCCUCGCGAUGAAAAGUGGGCUCCCUCGAUUGCGCGACCAGCGCCGGCUCAGGUGAUCAAAAGUGCAGAAGCACGGGGACGCACGCAACAGCGUGCUGCUGAAGAAACGAAUGUUGCUCCGCCAGCUCCUUCCGAUACUGCCUCUUCGGAGCCGCGAUCUCGAACGAUGGGCCCAGCCAAAGAGACCACGGCUAAGGGCAAAUCCCGAACCGGAUCCAACGUGACAGGCCUCAUCGAUGAAGCUGAUGACACGAGGCAGCCGACGAAGGGCAAAGGCGAUGAGUACCUUAAAGCAGACCCAGUUGGACAAGCUGAAGGAAAGGAGGUGCCGCUGCCCCUCCCCAGGGCGCAGGAGCAGAUCGCAGAACUUGAGACCUCCAUCAGAGUGCUGGGUGGAAGCUCCGAGGCUGUGGAAGCCUUGCUGGAGGACUUAUCUGGGCAGGUGGCUGAAGCCUUCUCUCGCGAGGAGUGGUACACGAGGUGGGGCGUCCACUUUCUUCCGUCGCUAGUGUGUGCACACGCUUCCCAACAAUGCAACAACUUCAAGGACCCUGGAGUUCAGCACUACGGAGGUGAUCUCUUUGCCGACUUGCGAGACCAAGCUGACGAGGUGGAGAACGGCACUGUCAGCACUGUCACCUUAGAGUCAGAGAGGUGA